AUGUUCGGUCAAAUAGUAAUAGGACCACCAGGUAGUGGUAAAUCUACUUAUUGUUAUGGUAUGUUUCAAUUUUUAUCAGCUAUUGGUCGAAAACUGUGUAUUAUAAAUUUAGACCCUGCUAAUGAUAAUUUACCAUAUCCUUGUCAACUAGAUAUACGAGAGUAUAUUAAUAUUGAAGAUAUAAUGGAUCAAUUAAAUUUAGGUCCAAAUGGCGGAUUAAUGUAUGCUUUGGAACUGUUAGAAUUAGAUGGUAUGAGCACAUUUGUUUCUAAAAUUGAUUUAUUAAUUAAUGAUAAAAAUUAUUUAUUAUUUGAUUGUCCUGGUCAGAUUGAAUUAUUUACUCAUCAUCAAUCAUUAUUUAAUAUAUUUAAUUCAUUAACUACUUCCAAAAGAUUAAGAUUAUGUGUUGUUUCAUUAAUUGAUUCUAUUUAUUUAACAAGUCCAUCACAAUAUAUAUCUAUUUUAUUAUUAAGUCUAAGAUCCAUGUUACAAUUAAAUCUUGCACAAAUUAAUGUUAUUAGUAAAAUUGAUUUAUUAAAAAAUUAUGAUAAUUUACCGUUUAAGUUAAAUUAUUAUACUGAAGCUCAAGAUUUAAAUUAUCUAAAACCUCAUCUUGAAAAAGAAUCAAAUUCCAUAUUAGGUAAAAAAUAUGUUAAAUUAACUGAAUCUAUUGCUAAUUUAGUUGAAGAUUUUCAUUUAGUUUCAUUUGAAGUAUUAUCUGUGGAAAAUAAAAAUAGUAUGAUAAAUUUAUUAAGUGUAAUUGAUAAAGCAAAUGGUUAUAGUUUUGGUAGUGAAGUUGGUGGUGAUUCAAUAUGGAGUGAAGCAACUAGACAAGGUACUCAUGAAGGAGGUUAUGCAGAUGUAGAUAUACAUGAAAGAUGGAUACAAUAUAAAGAUGAAUAUGAUGAACAAGAAAAUAAAUUGGAAAAAGAAUUGCAAAAACAGUUUCAAAAUGAACAUGGGAAACAAUUAACAGAAGAUGAAGAAUGGGAGGCAGCUAUAAAUGAAUGGGAGAGUAAUCAUGGUGGUAAAGGAACAUUUCUGAAGUAA